UAUUUGGCCUCAGCGAUCAUUUCUCAACAAUUCCCCACUGCAGGAGCCUCAGAAGCCUCUACCAGGCCAGCUCUCCUCCUGCAACAGCUCCCCACAGCAUGAAGGUCUCCGUGGCUGGCAUUACCUUCUUCCUCCUCAUCACCAUCACCCUAGGGACCAAGACUGAAUUCUCCUCAGGGGGACCUUACCAACCCUCGGAGUGCUGUUUCGCCUACACUACUCACAGGAUCCCCCGUCAGCGGAUUGUGGCUUAUUAUGGGACCAACAGCCAGUGCUCCAAGCCUGGAAUUGUCUUCAUCACCAAAAGGGGCAAAUCCAUCUGCACCAACCCCAGUGACAAGUGGGUCCAGGACUAUAUCAAGGACAUGGAGGAGAACUGAGUGACCCAGAGUGGGUAGAGAAGGCAGAGCUAAAGAGAAGAUGCCUCCUCCACCCAUCCCUAACUCUCAGCCCCAGCCACCCUCUGGGAGCUUCCCUGCCUUGAAUUAAAGACCACUCAUGCCCUUC